CACACACACACACAGUGUUAGAUAUGAUUCCAUUCGCCGUGUUGGACCGGCGCUGACAGUUGGGAAUAACUGGUUCUUCAUCCUGUACGGAUGUCAGUGAAGCUGCGGUUCAACUCGCCGUCGGAUGGAGGUCUGAUCCACAGAAGCCGCUCUUUCACGGGUUUCGGCUCGCUGAGCAGCCGGCCGCGGUCUUCCUCAAUGCGUGGCUCUUUCCGCUCCAAAGCCACAGCGGGAAGUAAACCUCCCAGAAUGCACCUCUCUCCCCGCCGAGGGUCGGCCACCACCUGGUCGCAGCCGGAGCAGGUGGACAGGGUUUUCCAAGCUCUCCGCAGCGGACUCAAGGAAUAUUUAGAGGUUCACCAGGCAGAGAUGGAGCUCCUGUCGUCACAGCAGAGAGAAACCAAGAGGAACUCCAGGCUGGCAUUUCUAUAUGAUUUGGAAAAGGAGAUUAAAGCGUUGGAGAGAUACAUCCGACGAUUAGAGUUUCAAAUGAGCAAGGUGGAGGAGUUGUACGAGACGUACUGCGUUCAGUGGAAGCUGUGCCAGGGAGCGGUGAACAUGAAGAGGGCCUUCUCGCUGUCCCCGUCUACCAGAGCCUCCAGGGAGAGUCUGCUGGAGCUCGGCCGCAGUCACCGGCACAGCCUGCAGGACAUGUCGACCAUGGAGGGAGAUCUGGAAAUCCUCCUGGGAGAGCUGCACAUCAAAAUGAAGGGACUGAUCGGCUUCGCUCGGCUCUGCCCUGGAGACCAAUACGAGGUGGUGGUGCGUUUGGGACGGCAGCGAUGGAAAAUCAGAGGAAGGAUCGAGUCGGAUGACUCUCAGUCCUGGGAUGAAGAGGAGAUGGUCUUCCUCCCCCACGUGUACCAUAACUUUGAGAUCAAGGUGAUGGAGGCGAAGGGCCUGGGCUGGCUGCUGGUUGGCGUGGUAACCUGCGCCAGCGUGGACUUCUUCGUGGCGCAGCCUCAGCUGAUGUUGGUGGACAUCACAGAGCUGGGAACCAUCAAGCUGCAGCUGGAGGUCACCUGGAAUCCGUUCGACAGCAGUGAGAAGAUGAAGCCGCUGUCCGUUGGCAAGCAGUCGGUGCUGAGCAGGAAGGGUUCGGUUUACAGCUGGACGGCGCCGAACACACCGUCAUUCACAGAAAAAUACUUUAUAUCGAUGGUUCGUGAGCUGCAGGAUCAGGAGGGAUCCCUCCAGUCCCUGGUGGCCAGAAGCCGUUCCAGCAGAGGAGGCGUGUCGCUGCUCAGCUACCUGUCCGACCCGUCGCACACCUGCGGCACGUCAGGCCCUGAAAGCCGGUUCAUCCCCAGUCUCGCUCGCGCUCACAGCUACCCGUCCACCAGCCUGGCAGGAAGUCAGACUCGGCUUUCCUUCGAAGAGGAAGAGGAGCAGCACGUGGAGGGGAAGGCGGAAGAGGAGUGGGAAGGCCUGUCCAAGACUUCAUCAGCAGAAACCAUUAAAACAACGUCUCAUCUGGCCUUACCCAGGUGCAGCACUCCAGACAUCCUGAGGAAGAAUCCAUCAGGAGAAACCGACGCCGAGACGCAAAGUGCAGCUCUGCAGCAGCGAGGGCAACAGGAAUCUCUGAGCCUCCCGGCUGAAGCUCCGUCCUGUCCAUCGGUCCGACCCGGGCCCAGCGGCGCCCAGCGGCGAUCGCAGACCGUCCGCCUGGCAGUCCUGAUGGCGGAGCUGGAGAAAUUUGGCAGUGAGAGUGAUGCUGAAAAGGAGCAGAGAGCUUUGGAGCAUCAGAUCCAGCACCUGGGAACCAUCCUGAAGAACGACCUCUCCCUACUCCGGAGCUCCGCAUCAGAGGAAACGCUGGCCGUCGAGGAAGUCCUGGGCAGCUUCGACUUCCUGUCCAACGACUUCAACGCAGAUGAUGACACUUCCUGUUUGGGCAGCGUAAGGCUGAAGGACAGCGGCAUCAGUUCGUUCCAGCAGAGCACCCUGAAGAGUCUGGGCCUCCUGUCUGCAGGCAGCCAAUCAGAUUCGGAGGACGAGCCGGUCAUCACCCCACUGACCUCUGGGAACUGGGGUCUGGACCAGGCGCUGGAGACGCACCUGGACAUCUGCUGCAUCCUGCUGCAGAUGAUGAAAACAAGCGACUUCAGUCUGACUCGACGGGAGCUGCUGCAGGAGAUGUCCAACCAGACGGCGGUUCUGGACAGAGUCUGCGGGCUGCUGGAGAAGAGCGACAGCAUCACACCGAGAGACGUCCUGCCCAAGGCCCAGAGGUCCAGAGGAAUCCUGCUGUUCUGGGAGGAGUGUGUGAACGCCAGCGGCUCUCCGUUCUACUGCAGCGCGGAAAACUUCUCCAGGACGCUGAAGAAGCGCUACACUCACAAAGUCAAGGCCAAGCUGCCUGGACAGUCGGAGAGAGUGUUUUCCAGACUCCUGCAGCAGCUGCAGGCCGCCUGCAGGCUGCUGUCCGGCGGCCGGCCCGUCUGCAGCCUGGACAGGGUCACUCUUUUCCAGCUCUCCGUUUAUCUGAAGCGCUGGAGCUUCCAGGAUCUGGGGGAACACAUCUCCCGCCUGUCCAGAGAAGAGUACAUCCUGUCGGCGCUGAACGGCCCCAAACGCAGGAACUGUUUAAACAAGCUGAGGGGGCGGAGCCUGUCGGAGCUCCUCCCCCUGAAGAGCACGCUGCAGACUAUCGCCGCCCUGCUGGUGGACUCCAACCACAAAGUCUGCAAAGCUGCAGCCAGCUGCAUCAGCAGAGCCGCAGGCUGCAAGGCCUUCAGGAGCAAGUCGGUGGUUUUCUACACAGAGAGUCUGAAAAGUUCUGAUGUUCUGAUCCAGACGGGUUCCUGCCUGGCUCUGAAAUGCCUCCGGGCGACGGAGAGCGUGGAGCGGAUCGCCGAUCUGUGCAGAUCCACAGACGAAGAUCUUCGUGGCGUCGCCAAGGAAACCGUUUUAUCGUUUGGCAAGAAAGGAUUCGAAGCUUUCCAGAGGAUGGAGCAGAUGUUGGUGGACAUGCAGGAUGAAGCGUAUCAGAACCUGGAGACGGAAAUCACCAUUUUAUAAAAUGCAGAGACAAACUUUACCAAAAACCUGCAUCGGAGAAGAAGAGCUGACUUUUUCCUGCAGAACUUUGAGCAGAACUUCAAUUUACCAUUUUUAUUUUUUGGGUCAGAAUCUUGUUUUAAGAGACUCUCUGUUGCAGAAACAUUUAUUUAACAUGAAAAUGCAGCUUUAAGAUGACUUGGACUCU